CAAAGUUUGACAACAUUAUUACAUUGCAUUUUACCAGUAAUUUUUUUAGCAGUGUGGACUUGACUUUUGUUGGUUUCAACACACGGUGGGUAGGAAUUAGGAACUCAAAGAAGUGGAUGAUGAAGAGGUCAGAGAAACAUACUUAUGUCUUUCAUUAAUAAUUAACAUUUAAUUAAUAGUACCGUUGUUGGUUUUUUGUGUGUGUGUGUGUGUUUAUAUGGAAAUCCAUUUCACUCAGCCAACAGAAGAAUUUACAAUCAAUCCACCAAAUUUGAUUUUUCUCCAGAUGUCGAAUACUGCAGGUAUUCUCAAAGUUGUGGUAGUGCAAGGCAAGAGGUUGGUUGUUAGGGACUUCAAAACCAGUGAUCCUUAUGUCAAAUUCAAGCUUGGUGAUCAGGUUGCAAAGACUAAGGUUAUUAACAGCUGCCUAAACCCUGUUUGGAAUGAAGAGCUUACCUUUUCCCUCACAGAUUCUGUUGGAACUCUCAAUUUGGAAGUGUUUGACAAAGAUCGGUUCAAGGCAGAUGACAAGAUGGGAUAUGCUCAUGUAAAUAUACAACCACUUGUAUCAGCAGCAAGACUAAAACAGAUCCUGAAGGUUUCUUCAGGGGAAACAACUUUGAGAAAGGUGAUCCCGGACAGUGAUAACUGUCUUGUGAGAGAGAGUUGUAUUAAUUGUGUGGAUGGUGAAAUUGUUCAAGAGCUAUGGUUAAGGCUAUGUGGGGUUGAAUCUGGAGAAAUUGAAUUGAAACUCAAGUUGGAAAAUCCUAAUCCGGAUUCCCUCUCUAGAUCGAAUUUUGAUGUAUGGCGUUGGGUUUUUGUUUGAAUGGCCGUAAUUGCCGAGCUAGGAGCCUAGGGAUAGUGAUUGUUACAUGAUUAGUGAGGGAGCUGUAAUAUUAUAUUAUUGUAUGCUAGAGUAUAAGAACAAGCUUGUAGUUGUUGUGGCCCUUGUGGGUCGUAUGAUUUACAAUUUAGGGAAAUGGAGAAGUGAAGGGGUCUGCUGGAAAAAGUUGAUCAAAACAUGUAUGCCGUGCAUCAGUGUAUGUUUGUGAUAAGCUGUGAGUUCGUAGCUAAGGUUUCUUUGUUGCUGUUAUACACUUAUACUGAAUGAAGUCAUCCAACAUUAAGGCCCUUCCACACUCCUCCGAUCCUCCCCAUUAGAGCUGUCAAUUCAGGUAUUCAAGUCAGGUUCGCAUCGAGUCAAAUCAGGAUCAGGUUGUGUCGGGUCAGUCGAGCCACAGAUCAGGUUCCAGUCGAGUCAAUUUCGAUUCAGGUUACUCUGGGUCGUUCAUCCUUCGGGUGUAGGUCGGGUAUGUUCGAAUCAAAUUCAUAACGGGUUCAAUUUCAGGUUCGGGUUGUAUAUUGAGUCAGGUUUGGUCGGGUUAAUAAAUGAUACAUUCGGGUUCAGGUUAAGGUUGGGUCAGAUAAUUAUUUUAUUUGGCCGGAUAAUUUUAAAGUUGGAUCAUUCUUGGUUUAGGUUCAAGUUCAAUUCGAAUUAAUUCGAUUAGUCAAGUUAAUUUAUUUAAUUACGCUCUGCA